AGUAGUAGUAGUCGCCCGCAGUCACCGACGACGACGGCCGGCACCACUGCGUGCGCGUUGCGUACUGUUAUUGGACCUUAUUGCACGUUGUACCGCCGCGGCCCGACGACGACCAGGAAAACGACGUCGCAGCCGGCAACAGUACCGCCGCAGACCGCCGUUUCCGGACAGACGCGCGGCCGGAAGGAAAUCGCGCGCCGCCGCCACCGUCCGAGAGGACAGGUAAGCCCGCGCGUUGUCAUUACGUACGAGAGCGCGCGCGUGCGCAUAUCCGUUUUAUUCGCGCGGAAAAACCGUUUCCGGGGUGCCCCGACUAACACCCUAUCCCCACCCGCAGCCCGGCGGCCGACUGACCCUGCCCCACUCCCGGCGUCCCGGCGGAGCGAUGAACUCUUCGCCGGCUGUGCAACAGGCACUGCACCACCACCGCCAACGACAGCAACAACAACAACAACAACAACAACAGCAGCAGCAGCAGCAGCAGCAGCAACAGCAGCAGCAUCAACAACAACAACUGCAGUCGCCCGACAUCAACGUCAUCAGCAACAACAACAACAACAACAACAACAACAAUAACAAGAACGAGGUGGCCAUGGGACAGCUUUUGCAGAGAUCGCUCCAGAACGUCGCCCUGUCGUUGCAAACGACGUUCGUCUCGUCUCUGCAGCAGGCCGCCCUGUUGCCGCCCGAUUCGCCGGUGGCCGCGGCCCUCAACCUGCAAGCUCUCGAGUCGUACAUCACGCUGCAACGGUUGACCGCGGUACCCCGUCAACCGGUGGCCGUCGCGGCCGCCGCCGAACGCUCGCCGGUCGCCGCCGCCGCCAACACCGCCGCGAGUAGCGUGGUGGUCGUGCGAGAAGUUUUCGAUGGAGACCACGACGACGACCGACCGUCGUCAUCGUCGUCGUCGCCGCCGCUGUUGGACGACGACGAAGACGAAGACGAACCGUGUCUGCUGUCGGACGCGAAAAACGGCGCUGCGGCUGCGGCGGCCGCAAAGGCCGCGGCCACGGCCGCCAUAGUCGUCACCACCGCGGCCGGCAGAAGCGGCCGUUUGCCGGCCUUCUCCAAAGAGCUGUCCGGGCUGUCGCCCAGAGCCAACAGGCUGUCCGCGUCGUUGACCGCGGCCGCGGCGGCGGUCGACGAAAGCUCUUCGGCCGCCGCCGCCGCCGCCGCGGACGAACCCGUCGCCGCCGUCCUACAAAAUCAUCUCCACCACGACGUCAACGGUCCCGCCCCGAGGCCCAAGAAACAAUUCAUCUGCCGGUUCUGCAACAGGCACUUCACCAAGUCGUACAACCUGCUGAUACACGAGCGCACCCACACGGACGAACGGCCGUACUCGUGCGACAUUUGCAAAAAAGCGUUCCGAAGGCAGGACCAUCUCCGGGACCACAGGUGAAUAUAACGCUAAUGUCAAUUAAUACCGAUCGCAAUCGCGUUUUGCGCGUACCGCCGUUGCGACUCGGAUCCGGUGACCGUGUUUCAUGCCAUCGCGGUGCCAGCGCGGGAGAAAGGGCCGCGGCGGUCGUGCCUUUCCCUCGCGGAUCGUGCGAUACCGUCGAAACCGCCGCGUAUGUACACGCUCGGGAUGAGUCACAUUAUUAUCGUUUUGCGCGCCGCGGACGUUAACGAGUUCCGGUUAUGAGCUCCGGCGAAACGUGUCCGUCUCUACCGUCCCGGAUCGGCGGCGGUCGCGUGUGGUUGGGCCCGGGCGGUCCGGUCAUAGGCGCACGGGUACAGGGUACGCCGGCCGGUUCGGGAUUUCGGGAAUCGCGUAUCGCGUUUUUAACAUCGCGAACCUGCAGCGGCGAUCGCGUCGGUGCGAUAUUGAGAAACGGACGUGCGGUCGUCGGAUUCGAGAUUUUCGACCGUAAAUGCUGUUGCCCGCGCUCGGUACGUAGGGAAAGAAUUCGAGAUAACGCCCCGGCCCUCAACCCCCCCCCCCUCUUGACUGAGCGGACGUGCGACGGUCAACGAUUAUUUGUUAUCGAUGCAUUUUUGAACAAAACAUAAUAAAAAAAAUGGUUGGGUUAUUAAACCUAUUCAAAUUGUGUAGGUAUUUAAUUUAAAAAAAAAAAAAAAAAAACCCGUUCCAAUAUCUCCAAUAAAUUAAGGAAAUGAGAAUCCGUUCCUAUCACGAGUUUUAACUUGAAACUUCUGUGUGUACUGAAUAAAUAGCGGUUUUCACUUACACCAUACUGUCGAAUUUUUUGAAUUUUUUUUUUUUCUAUUUUAAACGUGCGAGCGAUUCGGGAAAUACGACACGAAAAACACGGGCACCUCGUCGACGUGUUCCACACACGCGCGACAUUUGAACCCGUCGCCGCGUUCGGCUGGUUGAAAAGUCGGUACCCAUAUUAUAAGUGCAUAGGUACCCGGUCCUUUUGAACGGCGAGCUGCUUUUAUCGGCCCGCGACUUUUAAAACUUCAAACGAAUCCACUGUUUUCGGAGGUACGUACCGAGAUACGUCGACAAUACGUUUUAAUUUCGAAUUUUACAGCGUCGCCCAAAACCGGCACGAGCGUCGCGCCGUACACAAAUAAAGACAAAUCUAAUCGAUCGGUCGUCGUCCCCAUUGUGUACCGCGUACGUACCCGUACAAUAAUAAUUGUCGCGAAUGACUUCGUGCCGUUCCGCCGCACAUACAGGGCGAUCGGCGUGACGUUAUAAGGCAUUAGUGUUCAUACAACAGACUCCCCUGUCCCUACCGAAAACUUAAACGUGGGAUAUCUCGUCGUAAUGCGGGUCGCCGUUCGAAAAUCAAAAGUAUAGGUAACGACGGUUCCACACCUUAAAAUAAGGGCGACAUAAAAAUAACCGCGCCGGAACGUUUUGCAAUUACUCGUACAAGUAAUCCAAGACACGAAAUCCCGAAAAAAAAAAAAAAAACCAACACAUUCCGUGAUAAAUUCCGUUUAAAUUGUAUGCGAAACGCCUAGAUCCAUCUGAUAUUUGAUUUUUAAUUCGUAUACACAUCGUGAUUGUCGUGAGUUAUAGUUAGGUUUUUCUCUUGGUACUAUUGUAUACAAUCGAUACGGUUGACAAUUUUUGUUUUGUUUGACUGGUGUUGUGCAUUCGGAAAACAUCGAUGAGUGUAUUGCUCCCCCAGCACAAGCUCAGCAUUCAGGGGCCCUUCAAUAUUGUUGAAAUUAAAUUAACCUAAAAUUUACCUGUUGUAUAUUAUUUUAUUGUCGAUUAUAUAUAUUAUUAUUAUUAUCAUGUCGAUCGCCCUGUAUACGCGUGGGUGUUAGUGCCGCAGUUAGCGUGUGAUGAUAUUCGCUUUAUCCGCCCGUCUCGCGAUAGGAUAGCAGCGCACUGGUGCGCACCGGACUUUUCGGCGGUUCCGACUUUGGCGCGUACGGACCCGAAUAUACGUCGGAGCAUUCACUGCGCCGCGGACGAACGGCGUUUUUUCUAAAACUAUUAUUUUCAUUUUUAAAAUUCGGCGCGUAUCCGAUGUAAUCUCGCUUGACUGUUGACCGUUCACAAUUGCAUUGUUGAUCGCAUUAACGAACGGUAUUAUCGAAAUUGUGAAAACCGUUCGGUCGAGGCACGAGAGGUAGUUUCAAAUGUUCUCAUUCGCGAACCGUCCUUUCGCCCCGAACCCAACCGAGGCCGCGCAAUCGUGUUGGAGUGCAUUCGGCACUCCUCGCUAUAGUACCCGUAUUACGGGCGAGACGGACCGAGCAGACGAAUCGCGUCUGGAGGCCCCUCGAACGCGGCGUACGGGUUCCAGAUUUUAAAAUGUUUUUUUUUUUUUAAAAAAAAGUUUCAAUCCGCAAAUCGAUUUACAUAGAAAGCGUACGUUUCGCGUCUUUGAUUAGUUUAACUUCAUAGCAAUAUUCGGCUCGCGCGUUCUCCGCCUCGGUCUUUCACGGUUCACUUCCACUACUCGGCGGCCCCCGAGUUUUUCGGGCUCUUACGCGUGCACCGGGCUCAGUAGAGUACAUCGUCUGCGAUACUUGCGAUCGUGCCAUAAUACUUCCGAGACACCCCUAAUAACACCCCGCAAUAGAGUAGACACAGUUGCGCAGAGUGUAACGUGGGACAUGUGCGCCCCUUCCCCGUCAUUAGGUCUACGAGGGCCGAUUUCGGUGUGAUCGGCGUCAUUUAACACGUAUGAACUCCCGGGUUAAUUUCUCGUUUCAGUCCGCCCCCGAAGCCGCGGCGGAGUCUCUCCGUGCCUCGGCGUAUCGUCACGCUGCCGUCUCGAUCUUUUACAGCCGUGCCGUCUGGCGAAGUUCUGAUCCCUUUUACCGAUUCCCAACGCUUCUAAGCGCGCGCGUCUUCGUUUCUGUCCGUUUCUUGUUCCCCAGCGCCGCACGAUGUCUGAAGCCUCUAAAACGUUUUCGUCUGAAAAUUUUGUUUGAACUCCGCGUUUCGCUACUUACGCGUUAUACGUACUGAUCCGCAUGGACAGUCGAGCAAAAUGUUUGUCGGUGUUUAUUGUUUUUUCAUUAGUAGCAAAUGCCUUUUUUGCCCGUUUUAUUAUGUUGUUUUUUUUUUCUUAUCGCGUCCACGCUAAUCACGUCGUCAUCCUUAACCUUGGUACCCUGUACCGCUAAAGGAUGUUACUCACUCGCGAAUAAAAUGUGCGCUUGAUACUAGUUAAACUUCUGUGCUUUUCUAGGAGGUUCAUUUCAGUCGCUUAUUCUUACGACGGGCGUGAACAGUGCCGAUGGUGUAUUUCGGAUUCGUUUUAACUAUCGCCGUAAAACGAGCAGACGGGAUACUGUUCGCUUUUUCAACAUUUGUUUUUUUUUUUUUUUUUAAUUUCCAGUCGGAUCUAAAUAACCGUACGCGGCCGACAACCGGACGCGAUAAGUAACCGUCUACCUGUAUAGAAGAAAAAAAUAAAUAAAACUAUACAGACAUUAUCGUUAUUGUCCACGGACGCGUAUAAAAUACACGAUAAUAUUAUUAUCCUCGAAUCCUACCCGGGUCCCUUUGUCGUGCCAGCGUGUACAACGAACAACGAAAGACGAUCACGUCGUGAAACGUAUUAAUUUCGGAAAAUCGUGAUGGGUUUCGUUUAUUUUUUUUUAUUGAUAUCGUUCGUUAUCGUAUUAUUAACGUCCGCAUAUACGCCCGGCCUAACCCAAACGCGUAUAAUUGUGGCACGCGGUCGUUUUAUUUUUUUUUUUCUCGGUUUUUACGACUGUUGUCGUUUUGUUUUUUACCCGAAUGACCGUUUCCUCGGACGAGCGUUAUGUACCUAUAGAGGUAGGUAAGUAGGUAGGUAGAUAGGUAUAAUAUACCGGAUUGUUUAGGCGUAUACCACCCGCGAUCGCGGUGGUGUUACAAUAAUAAUUCAAUAUUAUGAUUAUCUUCGGAGGGUGGUGGUGCGGCGUCGUGUGUGCGUCGCGGUUAUCGAGUUAAAAAGAUGUUAUCGUCUCGGGUUUUUUUAUUUUUUAUUAUUAUUAUUAUUAUUUCUCAAAUAAUAAUUUACGAGGUUCACCGAAAGCGGUACCGGAAUAAUGUGUAUGCGGUAUAAAAAAAAAAAAAAAUGCGUAUAAAAAAAAAAAUCCCACGUCGACCUAUGCGCGUCCGCGUAUCGAGUUACCGUCGCCGCGUCUUUUACGACGAUUCUCCUCUCGCCAACGACGACAUCGCGCAGAGAUCUACAAGCUCCGAUCAUUUGCGCGAUACACGAUUUUAAUCGUCCGGUACGUAUACCGUGUAUAUAUAUAUACACGUAUAUACAUGUAUGUGUACGGUAACGUCCAGUCAUCGUGUGUCGCUCCUAUCCUCACGAUAUCGCGGGGCCGUUCUCCCGACAGUUCACAUUAUCGUAUACAUAUAUAUCGUUUGUAACGGCCGUCCGCGGCACGUACCCGUACGGAGUCGCGUAUUAUGUUACGAAAACGGUAUUUUAUUUUAUUUUUUUUUUGAAAAAUCGAAAAGAAUUUUUAUUGGGUAGGUUGGACGGCGAGAAGAUUCCUAUUUCGGACGAAAACGAUGCGCGCGCGAUAAUCGGUCCGGUUUUAAAUUAUACGCGGGUAUUAUUACAUUAUUACACGCAUCCGUUUAUAUCGCGUCCGGGCGCUCGCCGUCCUCUUCUACCCGCCAAGUCUUUACAAAUCGCUCUAUAUCUUCGGUCUCCCGCGCAGUCUUAAUACCGGCGCGCGUUCUACGACAUCCCGUUUAACUCUAUGAUGUCUAUCCGCCUCUGCCCGGAAGUCUUCCUCUACACGUAUGGUCUACGGAGAAUAUUAAAAAAAAAAAAAAAAAAAUUACGAAAAUUCGGUAACUGUCUACAAUACAAUGGUAACGUUUUAGUCCGCACGCCGAUUUUCAGGCCGUAAAGCCCAUUGUAUGGGCUCCGUACGGCCAGUUUGUUUAUCCCCGGAAAUUCCUCCCUUAAAUAGAAAUGAUUCGGACAGUCUUCUAUUACACGGCUCAUGGUCCGCCGCCGACUCUUUUAGGCCCCGUUUUUUCCGUGCACAUCUGCCUCGUCCGGUUCCAAAUCUCUUUAGAUACGCUCAUCGCCUUCCGGUUAGGUUUACCCCUUGAAGUGGUGCACGGGUCGGUCUUCAACCGACUGUCCAUUUGUCGGCAAUUCAUUUAUCCAUUGGUUUGUCCGUUUAGCGGGUAGAGUCACUAUUCCAACAACGUUCCAAACUGGUUUUCUCCCCUGUAUAGGCGUUACUCCGUCGAUAGUGUCUGCCUUUAUACAUCGUUUAUUACCGGCUGUGCACAUUGGAUCGCGCCAUCCGUUCCAAACGUUUGCCCCUUACAAACCACUCGAUAUUGGGUUUUAGAUACGUUCGGUGCGCCUCUCUAACGGUUCUCGUUCCGCAUUACCCGUUUUAGGGCCGUAGACACGUCACGGUGUUUUUCUCACGAAAGUCGGUAAUUUCUCUCGAUCACGCCGUCGGCGCAGUCUUCGGCCGUUUGAAUGGUUCGUUACAGUUCUCCGCACACGUUGUAAUUCGACUCCUCUGAACUCUCCUUGAACUCUCCCGCGUCCGUGCGUCUAUCACGUUUCGUUUCGCGAAUUCAAUCCUCGGCGUUCCUGUCGGCCGAUUAUAGAACUGCAAUACCCACGGCGCACUGCGUUUAGCUAUCGCGACGCGGUAAACGCCCCCGUCAUUUCGUUCCUUCCGAAUUUCAUAAUGAGCGCUAUGAAGUUCUCGUUUUUCAUUUGUUCCCGUUCAGUGUACACGGUUCUUGUCGUGUUGUAAUUCCCGCGGUCCGCUUUAGUUUCAAACGAUAACACCGCGGCCUUUAUACAUUAUAGGGCCGCGCGUGUGCGGCUUUGGACAUUUUUCGUCCUAUCAGCAAGUCAAUACCGAGGUUCACCCGAUCGCAGCGUUCGGUAGACAACGCGAAUUCGAUGCGAGACGGCGCGCAGUGUACUGUUCAAUCGCGUAGCGUCCGCGCGGAGCACCACUUUAUCUCACCGAUCACGUGUGUAGUGCACACGAGUGACGCGAUCCCGUGAAAAAGCCAUAAUGUUAUAAUCGAGCCGACAUGGAAAUCGCGUGUCGGACGCGUCGGUCCGCCAGAAGACUUCGGCCGCGAUAAUCGCCCGUCGAACCCGUUCAUCGAUAUCGAUAAAUGUCUUUCGAAGCCGUACGUUUUUUUACUGACCAUAGCCGACGCCACCGCGGAAACGCUAUUCAGAAGUAUAUCCUUCCCGCUCGGGAACCAGGAGCUGUACAAAGUUACGCCCUUUUUUUUUUUUUUUUUUUUUUUUUAAUUUACCCAUAAUCACACGCAAACAUAUUUUGCACUGUCGUAUUGAUUAUAUUUUCAUAUAACUAUGAAACUAUAGCUGAAAUGAAUUAUUGUGAAAAGAAUUAACUGUGCGUGUUUUAAACUAGUUCAAUUAAAAUUCGUUAAACAAUAUGACAUUAAUCUUUUUUUUUUUUUUUUUUUUUUAAGUUUUCAACUCGUCGCUGCCCAGUUUUCAUUUAGCAUUUACAGUUCCCUGUCGGUCAGAAGGGCUUAAGUAGUUUUUAUAUAGUUUUCAAGCGAAUGCAACUGCUAAACAACAUAGCGGUACUGAUAAUUGGUUAAGCGGCUAAAAUUCCACGCAAUAAAAAUGACUUAUUGUGCCUAUUUUUUGUCAAACAUCACGUGUAAAUUAAGAUAUUGUUUUAUUUUUCAGUAUAACACGCGUGCCGCCAAAUAAACGGGGAACAAAUCGCGUUAGGGACAAAAUUAUAAUAGUAAAAGUGCCGAAACCGACUCGAGCCCCGGGACCUGGCUGGCACCGAACGCAUGGGUAGUGUUUGUAACGUUUCGUUUCGGUUUUUUUUUUUUUCGAGAGAGAGUGUGCGCGAAACGGAUACAAUGUGCGAGACGAAACUGAGAAAAAAUAAUAAUGAUAAUAAAAAAAUACGAUAUUAUUGUAUCGAUCGUUAUAAUAAUAAUAUUAUGAUGGCUCGUCGUAUAAAUUUCACGCGUUCUUAAUUCGUUUACAUCGGACUGUCGCGGCUCUCGGCGCAUAAAAAAACAAAAAAAAAAAAAAAAAAAAAAAAAAAAAACCAUUAUAUCGGAUCGGAUCGGCGUGGGCGCGUGUAAUUCCGUUUGUUAUAACACUGCGCGAUUUACAUAUUAUUAUUAUACGAUACGACACGAUCAUUUCGCGUUCGUUACACGCGCCGCGCCAUCGGCCGGCUACAAUAUCGGUCGGCCGAUCGGUUCGGAAUUCUUCGCGCUCCGCGUCGUAACAAUAAUAAUAUCGUAACUCGAAAGGAUGUCGGGACAAUAAUAAUAUUAUCGAAUGGUUUUUUUUUUCUUCUUCUUCCUUUUCCCCGCUCCUCCGCGCCCUUCCCUCGCCGCCGAUAGUCCGCCGCGAUCGCGAUGACGAUUCUAUCGGGAAUACGCCCGCGCGCGCGAUUUCAGCGUUCGGCAGCGACGACUUUGGGCCGUUGGAGACGGCUGUAUUACCGUCGUUAUUGCCAUCGAAUGAAAAUACGGCUAAACCGUUAGUCUAGCUCACUGCGUAUGGAAACCCGAUUGAAAAAAGACCGUUUUCGCCUUUUGUUACGUUUCUGGGCAGAGACACGAGUAAUAUCACAACUUAAAAACGCUUGUAUAUCUAGUUGGAAAAAAAAAAAAAAACCAGCCUUACAACAACGGUCUUUCACCCAUAAUACGUCUGUCGGUUCGAUUUAUUAGUACGCCUAGUUUUUGAUAAUAAAAUCUUUUUCGCGCUUUUCCAAUAAGGCCAGACACAGUAAAUGAAAAACGAUAAACAUCGAUAACGGUUCGAGCGAAACACGUCCGAACCGAUAGUGUGGUACAAAGCAUUUUUCUCGCGACCGUUUUGUCACAGUGCCGCAUUGGGUUAGCCCGCGGCCGAAAUUCCUUUUUCGGUUGCGCAGUGGUUGGUCGAUGCCGCCCCUGGGUAUUUCGCUCCCCCCCCCCUCUUGUGCAUCCCCGUCAAAUAUGUUUUCACGUUUAUAAUGCCGGAGUAUACGGUCGUUUUGAUUUCGCGCGUAGCCCCGAGAGUAUUACUUAACAUGGUAAUGUUGGUAAUCGCGAAGUUUUCGGCGCUUUUAUAAUGUUUCAUAGACGAUCGUUUUUUGGUGCACGUCGCUAGUGAGGGAAGGAGAAGGGAGAUUGAGGGGGGUUGGCUAAAGCCGACGGGUCGUAAUAGUAUUGUUGCCGCGUGAAAAUCGUUUCGAAAAUCAAAUUCGUUUCUCGGCGAAGCGAGUGUUGACCGUUUUUUUUUUUUUUUUUUAACGCUUCGUGUCCGGUAUACGUCUGCGUUGGCGCACGACCGGAGAAGCCACGGCACGACGACGGUAUUAUAAUAAUAAUAAUAAAAAAAAACGGCGAGUCCGCUCACAUUAUUAUUAUAGUUAAAAUACGCCCGUGUACUUAUAUUUUUAUAAUAGUUAUAUUAUUAUUGUGUGUAUAUACGGGCGAUAAAAAAAAUAAAAAAAAAAAAAGACGCGUCGUUUUGGCGUCGUCGUCGAAAAAACCAGUCUGCGCGGUCCGGAAAAGAACAACCGAACUGCACGCGAGACGGACGACGACGACGCGUCGUCGUAUUAUCGUAAAAUUAUUUUUACGUCGUCGUUAGGUUAGCGGUUUUAUUGGACAGUAAAAAAAAAAAAAAAAAAAAACCACAUAUACAAGGUGUAUCCGCGGGAUUCGACGGUUUCCUGCGCGAUCGCGUGACGUAGAAAAUUGACGAAUCCCGCGGAUACACUCUGUAUACACGUGAUGCUUGUAAAAAGUCGCGUUGGCGGAAGACCGUCGUCGUCAGAUCGCUGGGCACACAAUAUUAUUAAUAUCAAACCGGCUUGCCGCCGUGUUCACGACGAUAGUGUAAACGCUCGUUAUAUAAUAUUAUUAUUAAAAAAAAAAAAAAAUGAACGUUCAAGCUGCUAACGGGUAGGUCGCUGUUGUGGGUGGGCACAGUCGCGGGGACCGCAUACGGAGGAGUAAUAUUAUUAGUUUAUGAACGGCACGCGCCACAACGGUCCAUCCAUGGCUCGGUAAUAUGUAAGUAUGAUCACAACUUUGUGACGCACGGGUGCAAUGGCCGCCACUGGUAGUGAUUACCGUCUCGUUUCAGUCUAGCUGAUAAUAAACUGCCAGCUGAGUUUUCUCUCCACGAAAACCUAUGGAAUAAACAGUUAUGCGAUCACACUUAUAUAUUUAGCCGUGGGUAAAUCUUUGCCGACGAAAAUACGAUUCUGAUCGGAGUAGUCGUAGGGGUCGUGGUUUUUGCGCCCGUCGUCAUUAAAACAGCCGGGAAAUCAACAAAAAAAAAAACAUAAUAAUAACGGACCUAGAGCGUGAACCGACGAAUAGAAAUGUUUCGAAUAGUACUGUGGCGUACUGCGACAAAAAACGGGAGCAAUUUUACUAACCGUAAACGAAAAUCCGAGCGUCCUCUGCUAAAAACUUUAGAACUUCUUCGCUACACUCGGAGUUUAAAAUCGAUCGAAUCGCGUGCCAGUCGAUUUUUCGCCGAAUUUCCCCGCGAGCACUUCCGAUACGUCUGCGCCGUGCGAUUAUUUUGCCCGGACCGCAUUGACGUGGGAUUUCGCACGAGUGUAAUAGUUCGAACUUUCGAAGCAGUGCCGUAAAAAUUUACCGGCGAGAAAAAAAACGUUUAUUAAGAAAAUAUUCGAUUGCGGAACAUUAAGAAACUUCAAUGUCGGGGCUGUGGUCAUAGCGCCCUCGCACCUCUCGCACCACCCAAGACGCGGCCCCGGUAAGAAGUAAACUUACGCAUCCGAUCUUUGCCUGAUUUGUCCGCGAGACAUUUCGACAUCCGCAGUUCUACCGUUCGAGUACUGUACGGUAAUUUGUAACUACGGUAUUCGUACAUUUUUUUUUUUUUUUAUCCUUCAGUCGUAUUGAACCGUCAGGCCGUUGUCCACCAACCGCCUCUAAUUGUGUGCGUUACCCAUUUGCCGUACGUUUGCACACAAACUCACAACUCUAAUUUCUAAUGCCUACGAUAAAAAGACCCAAACACGACGCUAUUUCGCUCGAAAAAAAAAAAAAAAAAAAAAAAAAACAGACAACCGCCGUACCAACACUGCAGACAAUGUGCGCUCGGCUUGAGGUUCGAUAACUAUCAAUUGUCAUUACACCUAACGGCACGAAAUUUGCAAAUUCGCUACACGCCGUGGCGUGUUUGCAGUGAUAAAUGAUCACUAUUAUUAUAAUUAUUAUAAUUGUCACUAUUAUUUGAUUAUUAAAUAAUAGUUUAAAGUAUCUAGGUAUAAAGAUGGACGAUAAUUGCUGGGAUAAUUUUCUCCGGACGAAGAUAAUAGAUCAAUAACAAUUUUUUAACUAUCCGGAUAGAGACAAAUAAUCAGGAGCUUUUUAUAUCUAGAUAAAAAAAAAAGAAAGACAAUUCUGUUCGUUCCCAGUCAUAAAACUAAUUGCUAAAAGAGUAGUAAAAGCGUAUCGAAUCCGGUACACGCCAUUUAGAGUCUCGCUUAACGCCCGUGUGAUCGACGAGAUGAUUAAUUUAUCAAUGAAAAACCAAACGUUUCGCCUAUUGUUUCUACUGACGAUACAAAUCGCGAUUCAAAAUGUUUUUAUCCGGACGGACGCGUACAUCUAUCUAGACGAUUCGAUUGUUCGUCUUGGACAACUCGUGUCUCGCUCGUCCGGACAAGAUAAUAGAUGCGAACGGAUUCACCGUCUGGAUCGGUGUUUCGCAAACGCGGGAGGGGGACGGGGCGUCAACACGUUGCCGGGGAGGCGCGAGUAGUAGUCGCCGAAUAAAAUUUGCGUUUAUCGAGUUAUUUUUUCUUUUUUUUAUUUCGCAACGCGCGGGGAAACAGUGAACAAUCAAUAACGCGCCCGGUUAUCGGGUAUCGGAUACGGUCUGCGAGCGGGGCCGUAUUAUUCGGGCAGGGGCGACGGGAGACAGUCGCCCGGGCGGCUUUGGUCUUUUCGCUCGGCGUGUCGUUAAAAUCCACAAAGGGAACGCGCAGAAUUCUCGGGGUCCGCGGACCGCCGGUCUAGACGGCACUCAACAACGCCGGCGCGUUAUCGAGACGAUACUAUCGGUGGCCGGCACACGGACGUUAUUUACUUGCGGGAGAGGGGGGGGGUGAUAGGGCGGAAUAUUAUUUCGAAAGACGUUUGUGUUUUUCUCUGCGCCUCCCCUUGACGCCGCCGCGGCAACAACUCGCCGUGAAUAAUAAAUACUAUAAAAUCGUCAUUACGCGUUGUUAUUAUUAUUAUUACGGUACACACGACACUCCUCGGCCACGCCGCUUUUGUGCUGCGCGCGACGACCCGUCGUCGUCCCGUCCAUUUAUCACCGCCGCCGCCGCCGCCGCCGCCCGUGGGAACGCCAAAAGGUCAAGUGGCACAGCGUUCAAAAGAAAACGCCUCGAGGCCGCCGACAACGGGCGCGGGUACACCCCUACAACACGCGCACGCAUACGUCACCCGUACAUUUUUAAUGGCUUCAUUAUGUUGUUAGACGGGGUCCAUUAAAAACCGAUCGCGCGCGAUACAAAGAAAACGCGACGUACAAUACGCGCGCGUGCGUUCGUCGCUGUUACGGUUAGGUUCGGUUGGGUUCGGUUGCGUUCCGACCGCACGUUUGCGGCCGUCGUUGUCCCGGGUGUACGGCACACGCCGCGGCGGACGUCCGACUUUACCGGCCGUGGUCGCGACCCGGCGCGCGCGGUACGCUGCCGAGUCGGUUUUAAAAGUUUCGGGUGGUUUUAGCCGCAGGGCUCGCGUACGGAACGUCGCCGGCUCGCAUAGGGGAAACGGAAAAACUCGACUGUCCCGACGGCCGUGCGAAAACCCGAUAAUAGUCCGGGGAGCGAGUGUCCCGAGCGUAAAUCACGCCGCUAAUCGGAAUAUCGCUUGUAAACGCCGGACCCGUGGUGAUUUUCCGGAGGCUUAUAAUACAGGACCCGGGUUCGCAUUCGGAACAGUGGGAUUUUUCUCGUGGUUCUCCUAACGUCCGAGAAAACCCGGGAAUGAACGGGGAGUACAUACGCAACAGCGUUUACUGUCGCGUUCGAUUCGAUUCGUUUACGUUUUUGGUUUCCUAUUGUUUCGCGUCACUUACCGUCAAAAGAGCGGAUUUUCCGCCAGAUGGACAUUUGUCCUGACGAUUUUUUUUAAAAUUUUAAAAAUAACCGACAACGAGCGACGACGAUACGACAUACUGUGGGUUUCAUUUGUAUUGCCGAUUUCCUUCCGAGUUGCAAGGGAAAAAAACCACGAUUGACGUACAAUAAUAACGAUUACCGAAAGUCUACAGAGCUCCGAUCAGAAUUGUUUUCGGACGUUAUGCAAGUGCGCUUUUGAUUAGCUCGAGACGUGUGUGACCGUCGUAUUACCUUACGAUUAGGUAAAACCCGUCGGCAACCGUUCGUCAAAUUUUUAACGCGAGACUCGUUGGCAAAUUCGUAUAAUAUAUUCCGUUCAACUCGACUUUCUCUUUCGCUAUAAUAAAAUAAUAUUUCGAUGUAUUAAAAACGAAAAAAUGAAAUGAUUAUAUUUUACCCAUAUUUCGGAGGGGCGACGUGCUGGACAUAACGAAAAAUACCGCGGAGGGGAUCGCGGCGGUCCUAACUGUCCGUUGAGGUAUAGCAAGAAAAAAUAUUAAUAAUAAAAAGCGCUCUCGUUUCUGCAGGCGAAUAACAAAAAAAAAAUAACUAGAUUAAAAAAAUACCACUUAUUACUUCAUAAUCGUCUUGUGUAUUGCAUUGAAACGGGGUAACUCGUGAUGUUACGGCCGCGUGCGAUACUUUUUACCGUCGUUCAUUUAUUACUUAUACGGACGACGGUUUAUUAAAAAAUAAUAUAAUAUCGGUUUCGUCUGCUUUCAUUUUAUAGGUAGGUCGUUAAAAUCCAUUCGGCCGACAAGUUAAAUGUUAUUAUAACCGACGUGCGUACUAUACUGCAGUCACGGUCGCGAAGUGUUUUAAACACUCGUUUAAAACAAGUCCGUGAAACGUUUCAAACUGAAAUAGGUAACUCUAAUAUGCUCUGGAGAGAGAAAAUAUUAAACUUAUAUGUCAUAUAUGUGCCUAUUCGUUAUUAAGACUUAAACGAAAAUAAACGAUAAUUCCUUUAUUACUUAUGGAUGGAAGAAGUAACAUUUUUCCAAUCGUUAUUUUCUUCUUAAAUAAAUACGAUAACGUUUUAUUUAUAAUAUUAACUGUUGUUAUGAUACGAUAUUCACCGAGGAAAAGCGUUGAAAACAAAAACGCACAAUCGUUUAAAAUUGAAAACAUAUUUAAAAAAAAAAACAUCGUUUUAAACGAAAAAACUGUUUUAAUUUUUGCAACUCUAACUGCAGUACCACACCAGAUCGACCGUUCAAACAAUAAAUGUAGUCAAAUCUGAACUAGCAUUCGCGCAGUUUGGACGUGUCCAAGACCCGAGGCCUGGUAAAACAAUUUUUUUUUUUUCCAAUGUCUUCUAGACCGUAGUUUAAAAUAAAUAAUAAAACAAUUUUCGAACGGGCCGGCGGUAACGAAAUGCAUUCGUUGGUAUCCAACGCCUCCUCUUACCGCGUGUUAUCGUUGUGCCACGUCGGAUAUCCGAUACCGCGACUGCAUUUUCUGUCGCAUUUCAAUAGUGCGCCUUCGCAUAAGACACAGGAUAAUGAUGACCGUUUCAAGCAUAGUCAUUUUUUUUCUAUUUCAUACUCUUUUUUCGUUAUUCAACCCUAACGUUGAUUUUGCACUUUCCGUAUUCCAUUGUUCGCUCUUUUCUACCACCAGUUAGCCUCUUCAAAAGCUGUAGGUAUUGUCAUUACCGCAUCAGGAAUAGUCAUUUUUAUGAAUUAUAUCUUUUUCUUCUCAUUCGCCUCCGUUCCAACUAUUUGAAGUCGGCCGUCCUCGUUUUAACUUUCAGUCGACCAGAUAUUCUACCUCGCAUACACCGGCUGUUCUCACACCAUAUUCAGUCGCAUCCAACCAUCACUUUUUUAGUCUUUGUCUUGUUCACUCUGUAUUUUGAUAUAUUAUAUCAAAAAGAUAAUUUCUGAUUUCAUCAUAUUAUUACGUUUUCUUGGUCGUCCUGCACGGUCACUUUGGCCAUUUGUUCUCGCUUCUAUAUUAUUGUUGCUCAGAACGUGUCUAAUCAUAUUCCAUCUUCUAUCUUAAAUCACACCGAGUAUCUUUUUAGUUUCGUUUACUUCGCUUAGUAUGCAAUCGUUUGUUCUUCGUUCUGUCCAACUAUAACUCGUAGCGUUGCAUAUUAUUUCUAUCUUUUGUGUUCGCUUUUAAUGCAACGCAGUAGUGUUAUGGAUUUUUUUUUCUCAAUGUUGAGUAACCGUAGUAUUCGCAGUGUUCACUAUAACCUAACAAAUAAUACGUAAUUCCCUCUUGUCGGCAUUCGGCAAUUUUUUUUCAACAGAAACUUAUUGGCUGCGUAUAAUAAAGUUAAAAAAUAUUCAUAUCGAAACGUUUAAAAUAAACGCAAGUCGACGGUCCUGGUCAAAUUGCUAGCCUUCCCUACAUCCCGACGCGCCAGGCCGUUCCUUGUUGUAUAGGUCGAAAAACGAUUUGGAGCGAAAUCCGGUGAACGGGUAGAGACUGGAAUCGUUAAUUUAUUUUAAAAAAUGACGGGAUCUAGAACAUUUAUUUUCCAAAUAACCUUCCCGCGGACGAAAAUUCCGCGUGCGGCGUGAAAAAGUGUUCGCCGCGAGAACAAAAACACAUCUAAAAACAGUUCGUUCGACGUUGCCGCGUCACUCGUAAUCUAAUCGGGAAACGAAAAUUCGGAAUUCGGAAACAUUUAACCGGGGGAUGGGGGGGAGGAGGGGGAAAGAAAAGAAAAAAACUUCGUCAUGUAACAGAUUAUAUUAUAAACACGCGAAAUAUUAAUAAUAAACCGGACGACAAAACACGAGUUCAAGUCUUUAACUAUACUUAUAUAGUAAUUUGUGUUUUGGUUUACAUAAUUUCCAGCGCGUAUUAAAGCAAUGUUUUUGGGUUGACAAAAAUAAUCGCGGCGACGAAAAGCGCGUUUUUUUUUUUUCUGUCUCUGACAAGGUGUUGGACGAGAAACAGAGAUGUGUUAUAAAUUAUAAUAAAAAACGCGCGCGUUACAAGCGCUGCAUUACAAACGACUGGAUUUGUCAAGACUAGUUUACCUACCAAAGAGAAUAAAAAAAAAAAAAAAAAAUAAUGAAAAAGAAAAAAAAAUAGGUAUAUAUAUUAUAUUCUAAGUGGAACCGGUUCAGUUCGGUUCGGUUUAGUUUUUUUUUUUUUUUUCUCCUGUAAGUGACAACUGACAACUCCUAACAAUGCUAUAUUUCACAAUAUUUAUAAAAUUAUACUAUCGCCCACCUAAUAUAUAAUACUAUUGCAUCCGUCUAUAUAAUGUAUACAUAUACUCGGCCCGAACAACCUUUUUAACAUCGUGAAUUAUUAUUAUUUCUGAAAUAUUUCAAAACGUAUAGAAUUUAUUAUUUCGUGACAUAAUAUUAUAACACUAUUUGAAUUGUGUAAAGUCGAAAUUUCAACUGUGUAUUGUAAAAUAGGUGUGCAUUAUAAAAUACGAUUAUAACGUAACGAUAUUCUUACGUUCGACAACCCGUCGACGGGUUUAACAAAUAAUUUUUAAACUCGCUUCACAAUUCUAUGUGUAAAAACUCGAAAUUUUUCUGUAAUGAAGAAGUCAUAGUUAUCGUAUUUGAUAAAAUAUAUUAUCGCUUUUAAAAUCCUAAUUGACGAGACAUUUUUUCCACGAUUUUUUCCUUUUUAUUACGAAAACCCCUGAGGGGUAUCAAAAAACGACUUGCUCCGAGUACCGUCCCGGUCGAAUUUCCGGUAGAAAAUUUGUUCGCAGAAAAGAAAACGAAAAUAAACAUCAUUUGUAAAACCGAUACAUUCCUCGAUCCGCUCUUUGCGUGGCGAUAGAUUAAACAUACAAUAAAAAUUCGCCAAAGGUAAAAAGAAAAAGAACACUGCGAAGUUGCCGAGGUGUAUUACAGUAUACGUGUACUGUAGUGGUACACCGAUCGAGUUAGUUAGAAAAAAAAAAAAAGAAAAGAAAAAACAAUAUUCUAUCGCCUCGAAGUCGGUACCUAUACAACCGGAUAAUAAUGUGCGUUCCCGAUUGCGAUCUUUGAUUGCCUUGAAGUACGUACAGAUACCGGUAAUAAUAAUAAUUCAUAGACGGGCGAGCGCGCGCACACACGUAGACAAUAAGUAUUACCGCGGAUAUACCGCACCUUUUCGUUUUUUUUUAUGUUUUUUCAACAACCGCUUGUUGUUUUUUUAUAUUAGUGCGAAUAUCCGCUAUAUGUACAGCUAAUCAACGAGCGAAACUAUUAAUUACUAUCGUUAGUUUAUUUAGGGAACGGAUUUGUAUGCGUUUAAAAUUCACUUGAAAUCGAUUGAAAACAUCUAAAAAGGAAAAAAAAAAAUUGGUUAUGAAGUUUAAACGUCCCUUCUCCUCCGAACCGCGCCAACCGAUUAAUACAAUUUUCCAAACUACUAAAAUGAUUAACGCAAAGUUGUUAUCAUUUUUUAAUGAAAUUUUAUGCGUUAUAAAAAAAAAUUACUUUGUAUAUGAAUAAAUCAUUCAAUCAAUAAAUAAUUGCGUCGCCCGGAAUAUUAUGAAAUGCUACAUUUUCUAUUAACCAUUUAAUAAUUUUGUUUUUACUUUAACAUUUUAUUAAGCGCAUCGCGUUAAUCAUUUUUGUAGUGUCGUACAAAUUUGUUUUACAAUUCGGAGCCGUUAAAGGCGGGGGAGAAUAUACUUAAAACCACUCUGUCAUUUUUACGUUACCGAGUCGACGCGGGGACCGUUCUUUUUUUCCUCCGCUCAGUACGUUUAAAAAUACGGCCUUUUUGGACGGCUAUUGCUUGAUACGUGUGUUUUGAAACUCCCAACGGUUCACCCCUUAGAUCCUAUUUUUAUUUAAUUUUUUGUCGUACUAUAAAAAUAUACGAAUUUUUCAUAGUCGUUUUGUAAUUGAUUUGAACGCAUUUUCUAGAUAUCCGGCAGUUUUUCUAAAAAUUAAAAAACUAACGACUCGUCGGUUUCAUUUAUUUUCGAUUUCUGGAUUACUUUGAUUAUAACUAUACAAACUCCGCUCAGUAUCGUGUAUCUUUGCUUUCCCGUAUUAAUAAAAUUACUCUAUAUCCCAUGUAUACGUUUCGUAGUUUCAACCUACGAAAAGUGGCCUAUCUGUGGUGCAAAAGUACUAUGGUACGGACAAUUUUGUUUCGCCUUACAGACGGAAUAAUUUCGCAGAAUCGAUAAUUUUUAGUCAGUUUCCUUGCGUUAUGAAGUGAUUCGGUUUCUAUUCGAAAUGCCGAAUGGCACGGGUUGCUACUCCCGUGCUCUCGUACUUUCGUCUCCGUUCUAAACCCAACCCAGUUAUUUAAUUCUAAUCUAAUCAAGAAGCUCGGACCGUCCGGUCUAUACUGUGUACAAUAAUGUACAGCAACAGUGCACAUUCGGCACUAUCAACAAUAUUUUAAAAGAUUUUUUCCUCGGCGGGGAAAGCGCGUGAACCCGCGACGGGUGUAAUCGGACGCGAUAAUCCUCCGGUAGAUUGCGUUUGUAUAACUAUAAGAGGGACGGGCAACCGGUGAUUGACCGUUAGAUGAGGCUAGCCAGGUGCCGCCUCAUCAACGAUUUCCUCGGCUGUUGUAAUCGAUAUACCAACAUUAUAGUUAUUGUUAUUAUCGGUAAAAACUGGAGCUCCCUAUUUCAUUUGUGCACGCAUUCACGUGAAAUUUACAUUCAGAUCUAUAAAACCGAGCACUUAAAAAUAUCCGUCUACGCGUGUAAUUAUUCACGUGCGUAUGAGUACGCGUUUUUCGCCCGCGUGUACACGGACUACCGGAUUUCACGUACUUAUCAAUUCAAGUUUUCAAACGAGACCUCUAUAGUAAAAUAAUACAGUCUUUUAAAAAAAAAAAAAAUCAUAAAGCCAAUUUCGUUUCAAGUGCAACGCUGACGGAGUUCAGACGCGCGCGUAUACCCGUCCCCGUACUAAAUCCAUUUGAAUUCAAAAUAAUUACCGACAACCGAAGCCUUGAAUCAACAAUCAAUACUGAUUAUAUCCGAUCAAUGACGACGUGACCUCGUUUUCGGUGUCCGAUAGAUUUUAUACUCUUCCGGCCGCCGCCGCGUAUUCGUAUCAUGUAAAACGCCCGUAACACUAUCCUGUCCCUGCUAUUAUCGAAAUAUUCGCCCCUCCCCCAAUCACUUACGGGGGCUCACGAGCCGCCACUGCGGGGAACGCGCAUAAUAUAAUACGAUAUUUGUGUACGCUCUGCACUCGUGUUAUUAUUACACGAUUUAUUCUCGUUCGGCAUCGUACGAGUGCUGCGGGUAAUUCGUCUCGCGUUAUACGAUAUAGGUCGGACCUGUCACCGGAGCACGCACACGUGAAAAUGAAAAAAAAAAAAUAAGAAAAAAUUAAUAAUAUCGGCGGGCGCGCGAGUCGUUACCGCGUCAUAACGCCGCGGUGUCGGUAAAAAUCCGAAGAUAAUUCGUGCGAGUCGCUGUAGGUCAAAUUCUAUUUAUAUUCUGUAACGUACCUAGCUAGGCACGUUAAACUAAUAUAGAUUUUUUUUUUUUUUUACGCGCGACCGUACCACAGAGAGAGAGAGAAAAUACCUGAUUUACGAUCGCCACGAUUCCAAUAGAAUUUAUAUGCCCGCCCAUCCGAGCAGAUAUUUUUCGUGUAUACACCCGGUAUUUCGUCGGUCUUAAAUUGAGAUUCUAAAUUUUCACCGUGAGCCGAUAGUUUUUCUGCGUACCGCGUAAUGUAGCGCGAGUGACAGUAUAGAAUCCGAACAAAAGCGUUUUAAUGAUUUGUUUGUAUUUUACUAAUUCUAUAGAUUAUUAAAAAAAAAAAAAACCUCCCGAAGCUACACUUGUAACUUUUUCGUUUUAUUUGUUGAUCAACGGCAAAAACUAGUGAAACAGGCGGCUAUUAUGCGGACCGCGUAGGAAAUCAUUUCUCGCGUUGUUCGCCACGGACACACCGGACACGGGGUAUUCGAUAAUAUCGGCGAAACACGUUAAUAUCGUUGCCGCUUCAUCAGUUCCCCUCCUAUCUAACUCGUCACGUGCUAUUUUCCCGCGCCCGUCCGACCGUGUUUAACCGUGACCGUCUCCGAUCUUCGGGACCCCGGAGCGUUUGGGCCAGGGUCCUCUCGUAAUCCGACCGCGGUUCGGUAGCGCGGCCGUUGGUGGUUUUCGGGGGUCGCGCGCACCGGCACGGACUGCGCAUCGGUAUUGCCGAAGAAAUACGCGGACAGUGUCUACGGAACGGUAUAGCACCGAUUGGUGUACAGCACCCCGAGGGACGACGGGACUCGCGUACCGAAACGACCGCGAACGCCGACGGUUUUGCCGUUUUCGGCCGAUAACGUUUAGUAAUUAUAGGGUUUAAAACAAUGAAAACCGUUGUCUCGCAAUUAUCGAAUGCCGCGAGGACCCCGGUGAACCGAUCGCGUCGGGUCUUUAAGGGCCGUAUUGCAAUGUACCGCCGUAUUGUAAACAAUCGCCGGUUAACUAAAACAAAAUACGGCGCACGAAUAAUUCCGUCGGCCAAUAACGAAAUCCCCUGUACCAUAAUUAUUAUUGUUAUACGAACCGAUAUCAAAAACGAAUUCACCGUGUACACGCGCGGGCCGGUGUAUCCGAAUCGGUGCCCGGAUUGUUUUAAAAGCGAUUUCGAUUUCCCUUUCUAUUUUACACAUAUUCAGGACUGUAUGGCUGUGCGGUUACGGUUAAAAACCGCGUUUUUCGUACGCUUUUUGACUCGAAUCCCCCGCUCCCUCCGAUUCGCGCCGCUUUCCGGGCGUCCGGUCGACCCCCCUUCUCUCUCUCUCACCCCCCCCCGUCCCCCCAUCCCGUCGAUACGANGGGCGUCCGGUCGACCCCCCUUCUCUCUCUCUCCCCCCCCCCCGUCCCCCCAUCCCGUCGAUACGAACACUAUUGAAACGUACCUAUAACCCGAAUAAAAAUACGCGUGUACUAUGUCCGCAGGUACAUACACUCCAAGGAAAAACCGUUCAAGUGUCUGGAGUGCGGCAAGGGGUUCUGUCAGUCGCGUACGCUGGCCGUGCACAAGAUCCUCCAUCUGGAAGAGUCGCCGCACAAGUGUCCGGUGUGCAGUCGCAGCUUCAACCAGCGGUCCAACCUCAAGACGCACCUGCUGACGCACACCGACAUCAAACCGUACAACUGUCCGACGUGCAGCAAAGUGUUCCGCCGGAACUGCGACCUCCGCCGGCACAGCCUCACGCACAACCUGUCGCCCGCGUCCGCCACGGCCAUGGCCGCGUACGUGACCGGACAGUCGGCCGACGUCCUGCACGACAAGCGUUCCGUCAUCGCCGCCGCAGCCAGUGCCGCCGCCGCCGCCGCAGCCGUCGACCGCUGAUCUCAUGGAACACGACGUUACGUAGUAAACGUGUCCGUCCUACCGUGCAUAAUACGCAUCUCGUCGUGUACCACCGGUUUAUAAUAAUAAUAUCUGUACCGUGACAAAUUACGCAGGGCGCGGCGUAACAAGUUUCGAAUAAUACCCGGGCGCGUACGCGGCGAAUAGAAAAUAACAGAUUUCGAAUUUGUAAACGCUCAACGGCGAAAAUCGAAAACGAUUCGUACCGUCGCGGCGCGCUCGCGUACACGGAAACGUCGACGGACUUUUGCCACGCCCUGUGCGCCGUUAAUAGAACGAAACGUACCGACCGCGACGACAGCACUGUGGCGCUUUCGUCAUCUCCGCGCGCACGCCGGCCGGAAAAAUAACGUAUCGUUUGUUUUAGUGUUUUCGAUAUUGUAAUAAUUAAUAUCGUUUGUUUCCCGGUCGGCCUCGAGGACCGCGGCCCGUUUCGUUUUUCGCGUACCUUUAUGAUUAUUAUUAUUAUACUAUGUAAAUAUUUAUUUUUUUUUAUUAUUAUUAUUAUUAUUAUUCCGCGAGAUUUUUUUUUUUUUUUUUAUACUUUAUUAUCUGAUUCGCAAUUAUUAUAAAUACACGCGAUUUUAUAUUCGUAAUAAAAAUGUCGCGUUCGGCGUCGUACAUUUUAUCAUUCUUACAAUACUAUAUUUUGUUCGUGUUUUACGCGUUGCCCGAGAAAAGAACGUCUGCGGUAUGCGCAGUCUGGCGGUACGGUAAUCCGUCACGUGCGAGGCCCUCGGAACAAUUAGUUAGUCAUAGCUAAUAAUAAUAAUAAAUUAUUUUUUUAUUUUUCACAUUAUUAUUCGUUAAAAACCUCUGAAAAUCCAAGGUUUUGGCAUUCACAAAAAAAAAAAAAAUCAAUUCUGAGGACCGUGCGCGGAGUGCCGUUCCGCAAAAAUUUGUUUCCGGUAUUACUAUACCUUGUGUUUGCGCAGAUUCGUAAAAAAAAAAAAAAACUUUAAAAAAAAUAAAACCCCGUCCUAUAAUACUAAUUUUUAAGUUUGUAUACACACCCAAUAAACACAAU